ACCAACCCUCACUUCAUCACUUCACCAUCCUCGUCACUGCACCCUAAAACCUAAAGCUCGCUCACAACAACAACAACAAAAAAACAUGGCAGCCAUGGCUUCAACUCUCUCUCUUUCUUCAACCAAGCCACAGAGGCUUUUCGAUUCCUCUUUCCAUGGCUCAUCCAUCUCCGCAGCACCUAUCUCCAUCGGUCUUAAACCACGAUCUGCCUCUGUCUCCGUUCGCGCCAGCACCGCUGGUUACGAUUUGAACGCUUUCACUUUCGACCCGAUCAAGGAGUCGAUCGUGUCUCGUGAGAUGACGAGAAGGUACAUGACUGAUAUGAUUACUUACGCUGAGACUGACGUCGUCGUCGUUGGUGCUGGAUCUGCUGGUUUGUCUUGUGCUUAUGAGAUCAGUAAGAACCCUAAUGUUCAGGUUGCUAUCAUUGAGCAAUCUGUUAGUCCUGGUGGUGGUGCUUGGCUCGGUGGUCAGCUUUUCUCCGCCAUGAUUGUUCGCAAACCAGCUCACUUGUUCCUUGACGAGAUUGGUGUUGCUUACGAUGAGCAAGACAACUACGUUGUCGUUAAGCACGCUGCUCUGUUCACAUCUACCAUCAUGAGCAAGCUUUUGGCUCGUCCUAACGUGAAGCUCUUCAACGCCGUGGCUGCUGAGGAUCUGAUCGUGAAAGGAAACAGAGUUGGUGGUGUGGUCACUAACUGGGCUCUUGUGGCUCAGAACCACGACUCCCAGUCUUGCAUGGACCCAAACGUCAUGGAGGCCAAGAUUGUGGUUAGCUCAUGUGGACAUGAUGGUCCUUUUGGAGCCACUGGUGUCAAGAGGUUGAGGAGCAUUGGGAUGAUUGAUCAUGUUCCUGGGAUGAAGGCUUUGGACAUGAACACUGCUGAAGACGCUAUUGUGAGAUUGACCAGAGAGGUUGUUCCUGGUAUGAUUGUUACCGGUAUGGAAGUUGCUGAGAUCGAUGGCUCACCAAGAAUGGGACCAACCUUUGGUGCUAUGAUGAUCUCGGGACAAAAGGCUGGACAGCUUGCUCUUAAAGCUUUGGGACUACCAAAUGCCAUUGAUGGAACUCUCGUCGGAAAUCUAAGCCCAGAGCUGGUCUUAGCCGCAGCCGAGUCAGCUGAAACCGUAGAUGCGUAAGACAAAAAGGGUGUUUUUUUAAAUUCAUGAAAAUUUCCCUUGAUCCUUCGUAUGUUUGAAGGAGUGCAAUAAAGGAGUUUAGGUGUUUAAGCUGUGACUAUUUAUGUCUUGAACUUUCUCUGGUGUCUUUGUUUCUCCUCUCAAUGAGAUGUGUUUCUUCUAUGUAAAAUAUCUUAUCUGCUCAUUCGUAAUGCGUAUGUUCUCGUUAUUCUCCUU